CACAUAUAAGUGUCUAAGCUAUUCGUUGGAGUCUGGCUGCAAAGCUCCGUAUAGUCUACGUAUAGGUUGCAAAUCGUGGACUUUUCGGAGAGGAGUAGCCAUGAACAUCUCGACUCUUCGGCCCUUUGAAACUCCUCUGUCAACAUCGCUCUCUCCCCGGCGCCGGGAAUACUCGCCCUCAAGGCCAGGCACGACGGGCCCAAGUGCCAAGCUCGAACAUGUCACGGAGAGGUUUGCAGGCCUGUGGAGUGACCUUGAACAGGAGAAACAGAACAAGCGGAUGCAGGAGUCAACUCGCUUUAGCCUCCUUCAGGAGUCCCUACAACGAAUCGAGAAAAGCGUCGAGGCGGAGGUGAAGCGGCGAGCUGAGUCAGACAAGCAGCUGCAGUCGCACUUCGAGGCAGAGAUUAAGACGCUCCAGGAGCGGCAGGUGCAGCAGUUCCAGGAUUUGCAGCUAGCACUGAAGUCAGCCGUUGAGAAUCUCAAUCAGCGCAUUUCAGACUUGCACUCUCUCGUCCGGGAGGAGCGCGAUUCACGGCGCAGUGACAUUGAGCACCUGGCGACCAACCUGGUCGGGAAGGUUAACGAGUGCGUGGCGGCGAUCGACGAAGAGCGCAACGGCCGGGUGCAGGAGCAGACCGUGGCUAUGAAGCGGGUCGGCGAGGACCUGAUGCUGCUGUCACAACGGCUCGACAUUGAGAAGACGACUCGGGAGACGGAGCUCUCUGCUCUGCGCUCCGAGGUGCACGAUGCAAUCGGCAACCGCAACCUCACCGACGAUCAGUUCAAGGGUGCAGUGCUCGACGAGAUCGCCGGGCUUAAAGCGGCGCUCGCGCUGGAGCGGGAGGAGCGCAUUGCUGAAGACGACGAAAUUGUUCAGGCCGUCAACGACUACACGAAGGCGCUGCAAGAAGGACUGAAACUUGUCAGCACAUGA